CUCGCCGCGACACACACGGUAGCCGUGUCAGUACCACUACCAGUACCAGGUGAGCCGCAUCGCCAUGGUCCGCACGAUUGUCGCGCUGCUGAUGCUCGGGGCGCUGGUGGCGGCGCAGGACAAGUACACCACCAAGUUCGACAGCGUCAACCUGGACGACAUCCUCAACAACGACCGCCUGCUCAACAAGUACGCGCAGUGCCUGCUCGACGCGGACGACCGCAACUGCACGCCUGACGCCAAGGAGCUGAAGAAGGCCAUUCCGGACGCGCUGACUAACGAGUGCGCUAAGUGCAGCGAGAAGCAGAAGGCGGGCACGGAGAAGGUGACCAAGUUCCUCCUGGAGAAGAAGCCCGACCUCUGGAAGCAGCUGGAGGCCAAGUACGACCCCAACGGGGAGUACCGCAAGCGCUACGACGACAGGAUCAAGAAGCUCAAGUCGUGAGGACCCGCAGUAGGCUCCACUGCUCUGAUUCUUAACUACAAACACAAUCAAUUAUAUAUGUAACACAUUUUUUGUAAUACACUUAAUAAAUGUGGUCGUAGACUAUUUUCUCAGUACCUUAAUGCGAGCGGCCACCAUAUACCUCAUUCCCUUGGAGAUGCUUAUGCAGGAACUACUGGGCUGCUUACUAUGUACCUUCUACACAAAGCCCUUCUCGACCGAUGUAUGGGAGAGUCUUCAACUUUUCGGUCAGAAGAUGUAUGUGUCUUCCACAACUCUAACGAGAGAAUGACUUCUGAAUAUUUUUGGAUAAUUUUUCCUAAGAGUGAUGUCAAGAAACAAACUCCACAAAAUUAUAAUAAUAUUGAUGAUAAUAAAAUGAUAAUAAUAAUAAU